GAGAGCUCUCUAUCCACCACCAUGAGAGCUCAAGGUGGCGGCCGUCUCCGGCCACAUUUGCUUCUCGCUAUGGCUUUAGCGACGCUUUUAAAUACUUCGGUUUCUGCCGACCCUUACGUCUACGCUUCUCCACCUCCCCCUUACGAGUAUAAGUCGCCUCCCCCACCAUCCCCAUCUCCACCAUCACCUUAUUAUUAUAAAUCCCCUCCUCCACCUUCUCCAUCGCCACUUCCUCCAUAUUAUUACAAAUCUCCACCACCUCCUUCCCCAUCUCCUCCUCCACCCUACUCCUACAACUCUCCACCACCGCCGUCUCCUUCACCUCCUCCACCUUACUACUACAAAUCACCUCCUCCACCUUCUCCAUCACCACCUCCUCCAUACUAUUACAAAUCUCCACCGCCUCCUUCCCCGUCUCCUCCUCCACCUUACUACUACAAGUCUCCUCCACCGCCUUCACCUUCCCCUCCUCCACCUUACUACUACAAGUCUCCUCCACCGCCUUCAACUUCCCCUCCUCCACCUUACUACUACAAAUCUCCACCUCCUCCUUCCCCGUCUCCACCUCCACCAUACUAUUAUAAAUCUCCGCCACCACCAUCUCCGUCUCCUCCUCCACCGUACUAUUACAAAUCUCCACCUCCUCCUUCCCCGUCUCCACCUCCACCAUACUAUUAUAAAUCUCCGCCACCACCAUCUCCGUCUCCUCCUCCACCGUACUAUUACAAAUCUCCACCUCCACCUUCACCAUCUCCACCUCCUCCGUACUACUACAAGUCCCCACCUCCACCUUCACCAUCUCCUCCUCCUACAUACUACUACAAGUCCCCUCCUCCACCUUCACCCUCUCCUCCUCCUCCAUACUACUACAAGUCCCCUCCUCCACCUUCACCAUCUCCUCCUCCUCCAUACUACUACAAGUCCUCUCCUCCUCCGUCACCAUCUCCUCCACCACCAUAUUACUACAAAUCCCCGCCUCCUCCAUCCCCAUCUCUAGCAAAACCUUACAUUUACAAAUCUCCACCUCCUCCAUAUAAAUCUCCACCAAAGCCUUACUAUUACAACUCUCCACCCCCACCAUCUCCAACCUACCUUUAUAAAUCACCACCUCCUCCUUCGUACUAUUACAAGUCUCCACCACCCACUUCUUACUAUCCUCCUCACUCUUACCGUCCUAUGGUCGUAAAAGUUGUUGGAAAAGUUUACUGUUAUAAAUGCUAUGAUUGGACAUACCCAAAGAAAUCUCAUGACAAGAAACAUCUCAAAGGUGCUAAAGUAGAAGUGACAUGUACAGUUGGUAAAAAAGAAAUUUUGGCCUAUGGUACAACUAAGAUAAAUGGAAAGUUUGCAGUCACGCUUGAUGGCUUUGAUUACAAGAAAUAUGGAGUUGAGGCAUGCAAAGCCAAGCUCCAUGCACCACCUAAAGGUUCGACAUGUAAUGUCCCGACAAACCUCCAUUGGGGAAUUAAGGGUGCCAAGUUAAAGGUGAAGUCCAAGACUGAAUAUGAAGUUGUUCUCUCUGCCGAGCCUUUUGCCUAUGCCCCAAAGACUCCUUCGAAAGAGUGUGAGAAGCCUAAGCCAAAGCCUACUCCUUCACCAUAUUAUUACAAAUCGCCUCCUCCCCCUCCCCCAGUCUACUACUAUAAAUCACCACCACCUCCUCCAACUUAUGCAUUUAAAUCACCUCCACCAUACUACUACAUGUCACCACCACCACCAUCCCCAUCUCCUCCACCACCGUCACCAAAUCCUCCACCACCAUCUCCAUCUCCUCCACCACCGUACUAUUACAAGUCUCCUCCACCACCAUCACCAUCUGCACCACCACCUUAUUACUAUAAAUCACCUCCACCACCUUUACUGUCACCUCCACCACCUUACUUUUACAAAUCUCCUCCACCACCAUUCUCAUCUCCACCCCCACCAUACUACUAUAAAUCACCUCCGCCACCAUCCCCAUCUCCUCCGCCACCAUACUACUACAAGUCUCCACCACCACCAUCCCCAUCUCCUCCGCCACCAUACUACUACAAGUCUCCACCACCACCAUCACCAUCUCCUCCACCACCUUACUAUUACAAGUCACCUCCUCCACAUUUUCCGUCUCCUCCCCCACCUUACUAUUACAAGUCACCUCCUCCCCCAUCCCCGUCUCCUCCACCACCGUACUACUACAAAUCUCCACCACCUCCAUCCCCAUCUCCUCCACCUCCUUACUAUUACAAAUCUCCACCACCACCAUCCCCAUCUCCUCCUCCACCAUACUACUACAAGUCACCACCACCACCAUCCCCAUCUCCUCCACCUCCUUACUAUUAUAAGUCUCCACCACCACCAUCCCCAUCUCCUCCACCUACUUACUACUACAAGUCUCCACCACCUCCAUCCCCAUCUCCUCCACCACCAUACUACUACAAGUCUCCACCACCACCAUCACCAUCUCCUCCACCUCCUUACUACUACAAGUCUCCACCCCCUCUAUCACCAUCACCACCUCCCUCAUAUUACUAUUCCUCUCCACCACCACCACCAAUUCAUUACUAAAUAUAGAUAGUUCAGUCUAUUUUCACCCCA